AUGUAUGAGCAUGAGGAUGACUUAGAGCAGAAGACUGAGGAGCAGAGGACAUCCCAGCCUUCUAUGGUUCCCGAUAGUGCUCCGAUUCUUCAGGAGCUACUGGUUCGAUUAUUGGCUAGACUGGAUGCUCUGCCAAUUUCUGCUAAUGCUGCUAUGUCGGUAGUUGAGCAGAAGAGUUUCGAGAGGUUUGUUCGAUUGGCGCCUCCAAGGGAUGAGUUUGACAGACUAGAGCAGGGCUCUCUAUCUGUAUCUGAGUACGAGACUCGUUUCCAUGAGUUAUCUCAUUAUGCUAUAUCGAGUAUUCCCACCAAGUUCGAGCGGAUUCACAAACUAGUGAAGGGAUUCACCGGUUAUCUCCAGGAGGCUACAUCCUCCCUUGUAUUGUCUGGGGAUUGCCCCAAACGUGCUCCUUCUACUAGACGGCCAGAGGCACCAGUUGUUUGUUCUACAGAUGCUCCAGCUGUUCGAGGUUCUUCACAGAAUACUAGAGGUGGCACCCAUGGUGCUAGGGGUAGAGUACGAGGUGGUGCUCGUGGGGGUUCACAGGAUAAGGGUGACCGUAAUGGUGGUCGUUCAAAGAUUCGCCUAAAGUUCUCCGAUCAGAAUUCUUCUAGUACUCAGGCAUUGAAGUUCAACAAUGAUAGGGUGUCUAAACCUAAGCUUCAAGGGAAUGCUCAGAGUGGUCAGGCUAUCCUUACAUGUAGGAAGUAUGGGAAAAUCUAUCGAGUAGAUUAUUUGGUGGGCUCUGAUAUUUGUUAUGGGUGUGGAUCUGGUGGUAGUCAAGACCAAAACAUAUUCUAUACUCUUCAGACUCGACAGGAGUUGGAGGAUUCUCCCGAUGUGGUCACUGUACGGUUUAAGGAUAUGAAUUUUGAAGCCCCUUUUCUUGAGUCAAAUUCUAUUGUGAAUGAGUUUUUGGAAGUGUUUCCCAAUGGACUUCUGGGUAUUCCUCCCGAAAGUGAAAUAGACUUUGGUAUUGAUCUUCUCUCUUAUACCAAUCCUAUUUCUAUAUCUCUUUAUAGAAUGACUCCGACAAAACUGAAGGAGUUGAAGGAUCAUUUAAAGGACUUGUUAGAUAAGGCCUUCAUAAGACCAAGUCAUUCAAUCUUAUUUCAGCGCUGA